AUGAUGUCGGUUCGCCCAGUGGUGGCGCUGGCCGCUGCCGUGCUGCCAUUGUGCUCCGUCGCGCUGAAGGUCGUCGCUUCCGGCACCAGCCAGGGCGAGCCCGAGCUCUUCUCGGCGCCGUUCGAUGAUUUCGACGUCGACGAGCCCUCGGAGAGGAUGCCCGCAUCGGAAUCCGAAGAGGACAGCUUGACUGCGAGUAGCUUAAGCCUCGGGAAAAUCCGCGAGGGCCGCCCGAGGGAUAAGCGGUCUCGUGCGGCCAAGUCGUGGGCGCCGCCCACUCGCAACGGCUCCUUCCCGUUUGCGGGCCCAAUGCCGUCGCUGCUGUGGGACAAUCGCCUGCUGAUCGCCCAGGACAGGAAGUUUGCCUUCUGCUACAUCGAGAAAAAUGCGUGCACGCAGUUCAACUUGUUGGUAAAUGGCAUGAACGGGAUGCCGACAAAGGACCCAAUGCCGUUUUGGAAGUCGAACUCGGAUGGCGUGUACAAGGAAUAUUUCAAGACGCACAGCAUUUCCAAAGCAGACAAUUGGAGCAUAUCAAUUUUCGUUCGCGAUCCGGCAGAACGGUUCUUGUCCGCUUGGCUGUCAAAGUGUGACGCAUAG